CAACUCCAUCACGUGUCGCGGCUUUUCGCAUUUCCCACCCGCUCCGGGAACGCUUUGACGUCUUGCUUUGACUGCCUGAGCUCUUGGCUCUGCAUGUCUCCAGUAGCACAUGAGGGACCAUGAUGUCGACAUUGCAUCCCCAACGGGACGACACAUGUAGUGCCACGCUCCCUGAUCAUAUCAACCUCUCUGCGAUUGAGAUCGUCAGGUCACCGUGCCGACCACUGCAAAUCUGCCUCAGGGAUUCUAUUCUGACCAUCCUCUCUCAUUGUCCUCCCAGUUCUCGUCUCCGAGAAUGCUCUAACUAUCGAGCUCGGACCGGCUGGUAGGAUACCGAUAGGCCGCGC